AUGCCUGCAGAAAACCUCCCUUCGGACCCUGCACCACAGACUCAGGGCAGCCUUCCAGGAUUCAAAUUCAAUCUUGGUCACCAAGAAACAGAUCGGAUCAUAGACGAACUCGAGCAAGUUUGCAAACAAGUUCGACAGAGCGCAGGAGAGUCUUGGAUGACGGCAGACGCAGCAGCAAAUAUCAUCUGCAGCAACUUGGGUUACGAAGACCAGGGUGAGCUUGAGGACGCCCUGAAAUGCCAGUGGGGAACGUUUUUGGAAUCGAUGCCCCACUUAGAAACCAAAAUUCAGGAUGAUGGGUCUUUUGCAGAAGGAAAGCUAGUAUUUCGCAUGAAACCAUUUCAAGCUUUGCUUGAUCGGAAAAUGUUCAUCAAGACUUUUAAGAUCAAUAACAGGCAAGACCUUUGGCGCAUCUGUCACAAAGCUCCAAGUGCAGUCCUUGAAAUCCCUGAGAUGGAGUUUGAGAUUGGAGCCGACGCCAAGCGAAAGAUUGACUCCAUCUACAAUCACCUUGCUUCUGCAAUUUACAACCUCAGUAUGCACUUGUCCACGCUGGGAUCACAACUCUCUGAGGACCAUCGCAAUAAAAUUGGCGCGACAAUCCAAGAGCUUAACGUGCUUCUUGACGUUGAAAAGCCUUUCACGGUCAUGCUGCAUGAUCGCACGGGUUUGAGCGACAUCCAGCCAGAGGACGGUGUUGAAACGCAGUAUGGUGGACCUGCUGAAGAAGAUCCAAUUGAAACUGAGGAAAGAAAAAUGGAAGAGAUGAUGUUUGCCAUCUCUGAGGACGAGAAAGGCGAGUCAGAAGAUUUGAGUCGCUUGACUGUCACAGAUGAACUCGCUGCUGCCAACCCUUGGUUCGAGAAUAUGCACUUCAGCACUGCGCGGAACAAAUUCGUCGAAUAUGUCGAGGACUUCAAGACGACUCAAAAACCUUCUCCUGGGGGUGUUGGGAACGCAUCUGGCAACGCCAAUGAAGUGUAUGGCGAGUGGGAGCAUACUUGGCAAGAGACUGUAGUAGCCAAGAAGAACAAGGACAAACAGCCAGAUGGUACCAACGACCCUGAGGUGGACAAUGAGGCGCUUGCAAUCACCAUCAGAGAUAGCUUCAAGCCUAGGGGGGUCAGUAGACGACCCACUCGCUUGACUGAGAGGUGUUUCAGCGUCAACAAUCCUGGAUUCCAUGACUCGAUCGAGUAGCAACAUGAGGUGUCCAUCUAACCUCACUUUCAUCGAGAUGAGUUCCAGAGGAGCAUCGAGUACAAUGAGUGCUUGCAUACCUAAGAAUCGCAAGACGUUGAGAAUUAUCUUCAAGGCUUUGUGUUGCCUACGAAGGUUCCGUAUCUGUACUGCUGACAGCCGUGUCCUGGGUCGAUAUGGCACAGGUUGUCUGCGAUGCAGAGGGAACGCCCUUCCAGACCCCCCAAAACUCGCAACGGUUCUAAGCGGGUUCCAAAGUAAUUACAUAUGCGGGUCCACUUGCUUUGGAUGGAAAUUUGGAUCAACCUUGAUGGUCUGAGACAAAUUCGUAUCAUCCCGAAAGCGAAUUGGUGCUGUCCAACAUUCAUCAUAGAAUUGUUUGGCGAUAGCCUCAAGUGCCAGCUUCUUUGAGGUCUCUCCAGAAUCUAGCUGGAAAGCAUUCUGCGAACGAUGCAUGUUGAUCAUGAACUUGCGAGUUGAUUCAUGCAGCCUCCAAAGUGGCAUACCGUGUCUAUUGGGACGUGGUACAGGUGGUGUUGAAAGGGGAUUGGAUCCACUGGCAGAACCGAUGUUGGCGUUGGAUGUCAAGGCGGCGACCAACACAAAAGUUACGAAGGAGAACUUCGUUCUCCUCAUCAUCAGAUCCCAGUUGGAACCAGCAUUGCGAACACAGCCUGUGCUUGCACACAUGUACUACUAAUAUGCAAGCAGGAUCAAGCGUUUGGCAACACUGCGCGCAUGCCUGAACACCCCUUCCUGUUGUCUGCAUGCUACCAGGUGAUACCACGUUCGU